AUGGCCGGCUGGAUUCGGUGCUCUGUUUUGGCGACGCUGGCAGCUUUGGCCGUGGUGGCUGCCGAGCAGGAGACAUCGGUGCACAUCAAGGACUGCGAGGUGAACGGCGUCAAGCUGCGUCAUCGCAGCAUGAAAUACUACGGAGAGGACUCGUACGUAGCCUGCUCGAACGGCAAGGCCGGUUGCUACCUCAUCGAACGCGUGCACGACCAGGCGACACAGGUGGCGUGCCCGACCCAAAAUUUCCAACAGCGGAUCGACGAAGAGACCGCGUAUCGCGAACACGAGGAGAAAGCCAAGCAGACGAGCAAGAAGGGCGAGACCGAAGACAGUCACCGUCGCCUCUCGCUGGUUGUAGUGUCCACGACGCGCAUCUGGGACGACGGCGUGGUUUGCUUCCAGAUGAACGAGGACUACCCGUUCAACUCGACUCAAAAGGACUACAUCUACCAGGCUAUGAGCAAGGUCGAGGAUAGUACCAAUGUGCGGUUCGUGAGCACAGACACGUGCGAGAAGGAGAAGCUGUCGUCCUGCGACUCGUGCGCGAACUGGGUGGACUUCAAGCACCCGUCUAGCGGCCGUGACUGCAACUCCAGCAUCGGUAUCACGGACGAAGGAGCGCAGGUUAUGAACCUUGCCGACCGCUGCUUCGAAGUGGACGACAGUCUAAAGACCGUGUACGGUUCGGCCAUGCAUGAGAUCUGUCACUCGCUGGGAAUGUACCACGAGCACCAGCACCCAAAGCGCACCAUUGGUGUGUUCUGGGACGAUAUCGACCAGAGCAUUUGGUCCGAGAUGAGCGUCCGUGACCUUAGUGUCGGCGGUCCCUACGACCUCGACAGUGUCAUGCAUUAUCCAAUGUCAUACGGUUUCUGUCAACCUAAUUACUGCAGCGAUACAGUCACGGAGAACUGUGUAAAGGAGGGUACAAAGUUCUGUAACCUGAAUGACGACGACAACUGCACAGAUAUCACCAAGGCCCUGUGCAAUGAGACGGCCACAGAAGCCAUCGGGCAGCGUAAGUAUCUAAGCGAGGGCGACUUGUCUGCCAUUAACCAGCUGUACCAGUCUGCAGCGUGGCCUGUGUCGGAGUCCAAGAUUGGCGGCAAGAAACAAGAACAAAUCGGUGUUUAG